AUGGAAGUGAUCGAGGUGAGUGGCGAAGAUGGUGGGAUGUACAUAGAGAAUGGUGACAGCUUCCUCAUUCAUUUUCUUCAUUCCUUUCCACGUAUUGACUUUUCACUAACAGUCGUUAAUUCUACGUUUGAUUUGGAAUCGACAAAAUACAAAGAGUCGCUUUUGUUCUGGGCAUCGUUGCCAGUACUAGGGCUUCUGAUAGUGCUGAUAUCCCUGCUGGCCUACUUAAUAUUUCGCUGCAUAUGCAAGUCUGCCUACGAUGAUGAAUCGACGAACAGAAGCAGAAUUUCAGAGUCUGAGUGUGAGAAAACCAACAAAUGCAUCUCGUGCGUCAAGUGGUCCAUCAGCUGUUUGGUACUGCUGGCCUGUGGCUCUUCAGCUUUUGGGUUUUAUGGCAACAAUGAAAUUCGCAAAGGUUCAAAUAUUGUUAGUGAUGCAAUUGCGUCUACAGCCAUUAAUUUAUACUACGCUCAAACUCAGGUAUCUCAGUUGAGAAAUUUGAUAAAUUCGACCAACGCCGAAAUUAAAAGUCUGAGAGAAACGUUGAAGCGUCACUUCGGCCAGUACAGGCAUUUAAACACGACGGCCAAUGAAGAGCUGGGCAAACAUUUGGAGCUGAUGUCGCGCCGAAUGACUGAAGUUUGGAAUCACGUCAGAGAUCUUGUUGAUAGGGAUGAAAAGAGAGAUGAAACUGAUAGUAAAGUAGCCAUUUAUUCGAAACUCUUCGAAGAUUUUGAUCUGUACAGGUGGAUAACGUGCAUUUCAAUUUUCGUCUGGCUAAUAGUCUUAUCACUUAUGCUUCUGCUCGGAGCUGUUAAGAGUUCCAAAUGUUUGCUCUUGGUGUUAAUAUUAAUUGGUGCCAUUUUUAAAUUCACCACGUUUCAGAUUUUGUACAUGUGGUAUUCUAACUCUUGUGGUUUGCUGGUUGUCAUGCAGCUUACAUCUCGCAUUAAUUCUAGUUUCACAGAAUAUUACAUCAAAUGUAACCCAACUAAGCAUCCAAAUCCAUUAGUUCAUCACAUAAAGGGUGCUCAAAAUGGCGUUUCUGAGAUGAAUUCAAACAUAAAUGAAGCAGCAAAUUACAUUAAAAACUUCUUGCCCCAGAGCGAGUACACGAGCGGAAGUAUAUGCAGGCAGUACAGUGGCCUGCUCAACUUGUCUGAAAACUGUAGCACAAUGAGGGAAUCAAUUGCCUGA